AUGCAGCGGUCUUUGUCCUCUGGUCAGGGAGGUUUGAGCCACUUGGACAUCGACUGCAAGGAGGCUCUUCAGCAAUUGCUGCGGCCCAGUUACUAUGGGAUCAUCAACCCAUGGAUGGGUUCCGCGUCGACACGCCAGAAGCAGGACAUGAUCUUGUUGAAGAAAAGGAUGGAAGAAGCUGAUCGACCGGGGAAGAAUCCCUACCUCAUGGCGGAUGUUGGCAAGAUCCAGAUCACCUCCAACCCUUGGGGACGUGAACGCGAGUCCAAUGUGAUUCCCGUCACGGCGGACCGUAUCCAGGCGGAUCUCUUGAGAAAUCAGUCCGGGGCCGAGCAGCGCGACGUGCGAAGGGAGAAGGAGCGUCAGUACAUGGCCAGAUAUAGCGAGAUCCCGAGUACGGCCUCGGUGGCGGACUUCUUCCAACUGAGCAAGACCCCCGUCUUGGAGCAUCCUACCAUGAAGGUGCUGACAGAUCGCGUGCGUGGCAAGCUGAAGCACUGGCAGGUCCUGGGUCCAGAACGCAAUCCGCAUGAAGCAGCUGAGAUGAUGCGUGGAUUGCAAACCUUAGCAGCUGCCUGUGAGAGGCUUCCCAGUUAUAGCGAGUACAGCGCCACCAGCAGCAGCAAGGUGCACGAGCGUCUUUUUGGCUACUCCCAAGUGGUGCCCAGGGGGAACAGGACCCUGAAGUCUGUUCCCAAGUUGAGAAGGACACCUCUUUCCAGUUCAGCGCCGAUUCUACUGCGACCUCUUCUGGAUCCUGCAGAACUGGAGGCCAUUUCAAGGCCCGGUGGCACUGCAGUGCAGUUGAACGACUGCGAACCGCUGCAGCGCAUGAAGAACAUCGCCCGCUCAUCGCAGUCGCAGGUGCAAAUGUCCAUGGGCCCCACCGAUUGGAGUACCACCUCCAGGGAAGCUUGGUGCGAGAAUCUCCAGGGUUGGCCCAGUGACAAUGUGCCGCAGGAGCAUUUGCGCAGCUUUAGCAAACAUGAGACCACAGCAGUGUGGGCUUCGGCCUUCACAAUCAGGCGGCGCUUUUCCCGAGGUUUGCUUCGAUGCCAGGUCCUGGUGGCGAUCCUACUGGCAAUGUGGAGAUUUUCCGCUUUUGCAGCGCCGAAGGUGGUCCGGGCCGACAAAACGGAUGCAUUGCUCCAACGGGGGGAGGUGUUGCCUGGCAAGGUGAAAACCGUCAGGGACAAUGGUCUGGUGAUCCAAACCAAGAAUGGCGACGGAUUUGCGCACAUCUCCCAACUCUCGGAUCGCUUCCUGGGGCACCCGGCGGAACUCUUCGACGAGCAGGACCAGGUGACGGCCCGCGUGCUGCGUCAUGAGAACGGCUUCUUGGAGUUGACUCUCAGGGAGUUGGGCACCAAAAAGCUGAAAGAUUUCAAGGUCAACCAGGAAUUGAAUGGUACGGUGACGGCCGUCUGCGGUGCUGGUGCAAACGUGGAGAUCGGGGCUGAAGACACGGCCUUCCUCCACGUAAGCUGCAUCCAGGAC